AUGCCCCCGGCUCCCAACCCCGAGCUGAGGAGGCAAGUCAUCGCCAUCUACAAGGGCAAGUCCAUCCAUCUCAUCUCUUCGACACUCCCCGUCCUGGAGUGUAACCUGCCCACAAAGCUCCUCUUCCUCGGCCGUGAGUAUCCUCAGGGUUACGACUACUUCCGGCCACGGCUGCACCGCGCCUUCAUGGCGAAGUCGCACCUCACCGACGAGAACGAGAUCAGGCAGGGCAUCGCGAGGGCAGAGUUUGUGAGGAAAGAGAUCGAGGCCCUGUAA